AUGGAUUCUUCAAGAAGAGGCAACAAUGGCGGACAACGUCCAAGUGGCAAUCGGGAGUGGAACCAGCAUACAAGGUUUAACAACAUGCAGCGUCAGAGGGGCUUUCGUAGGGGUUUUGUGAAUCGUGGAACCUCUCCACUUGUUUCAAAUUCUUUCAUGUCUCCACAAAUGCAUGUGCCAGUUCCCCCUUUUGGCAACAAUUUCAUGUAUCCUGAUUUGGCGUCUUAUGUUCAAGGUUCAACUCAAUCUGCAUCGCUGAUGACACCGAUGCAGUCUCCAGUGUCCUUACCUGUUCAAGAUCAAGAUUUGCAUGAAAAGAUUGUGAAACAAAUUGAUUAUUAUUUCAGUGAUGAGAAUUUGGUUAAAGAUUUAUACUUGCGACAAAAGAUGGACGAACAAGGCUGGGUUCAUGUCACUUUAAUAGCAAGCUUCAAGAAAGUUUUGUGUUUAACUGACAAUGUUAAGCUAAUUCUUGAUGUAAUGCGGGCAUCAAGAGCUGUGGAAGUGCGGGGUGAGAAGAUGAGGAAGCGAAAUGAUUGGAUGAGAUGGAUUAUCCCAACUUCCAUCAAUAUUGCAAGCUUUUAUGGUAAUUCGGUAUCCAAUGCCAACAUGGUGGAGACUUCCAUGGUUUUUAGGGGGCAACCAUGGGUCAAGUGAAGCUCGGGUACAAAUGAGAAUAAUGAUGGAAGACAUGAUUUAUAACUAAAAGACUAUUAUAUUUUUUAUUUAUUUAUUUAUUUAUUUUAUUUUUUUAUUUUUAAUAAAUAAACGAGAAGAUUUCAAUGAUGAACUAUACGGGGAUAUCAUGGAACUUUAUGGCAUAUAUAUAUAUAUAUAUAUAUAUAUAUAUAUAUAUUUAAUAGAUAAACGAGAAGAUCUCAAUGAUGAACUAUACGGGAUAUCAUGGAUCUUUAUGGCAUAUUGAAAUUAUGUUUUGAGAUGUCCAUUUAACACAUAAAAGCAUGAAAAAAAUAAAAUAAAUAAUAAUAAUAGUAAAUAGAGAAAAAGGCGAAAAGAAAAAAAAAUGAAUAAGGCUUGAAAGGAAGAAAAA